AUGGAGACCUUUACCAAUCCACACUUUCCCAGAAAUCUGUCUGUCGCGCACGUCGCGCUAUUCGCCCCGGUGAAUAACGCGAAGGACCUCAGGAGCAGGAUCAUCAAGGCCGCGACGCUCGAUGGCGACGAAGGAGAACAAGAACGCCAGGCAGUCAACUUUGCGUUCAUAGAUGCCCGCCUGAUUACAAGCAGGCUGCAUCUUCAGACUGCCAUAUACCAGGCUGUCAUGGCUGAAGCUCAGGGUGCACUGCGAACGAAGAAGGUCCAUUCAGAGAUUGUCUGGAUACUGAACCCGACAAAUAAUAUCACGGAAGCUCUCAGGCGUUAUGGCGUGUCGGACACGACCAGGUCGCUCUUGGUCGUUCGCAUCGACGGACCUGAUCUCCCAGCCGAGCGAGCCAAGAAAGAUAUGGAUGCUAUUAUAUCUGGCGAGACUGUGCCACUGGACAAGCUUCAGGAUAUAACAGAAUGGAAUACUGUCAAGAAGCACUAUAAACUUGGCCAAGAUACCGCUAUUUUGGAGGCAAAAGGCGAUUCAGCCAGAGAGAAAGUACUAAUCAACGAGAUCGUGAUAUCGUCUGUGGCAUCGAAGAGUAUUGCAUCUUGA